CUUGGCUGCUCGGCGUAGCUCAAACAGACGAACAGCGUCGACCAGCCAAGAUUGCCCCGAGGCCAGAUUGGGCGAGGGCGAAGUCGUAGAGUCGCUUCGCGCGGCCGGACCGAGCCGCAUCACGGCGAGAGCGACUUCGCGGACGACGGCUGCGCACCUGCGCUGCCCAAACUGGCUGCGGAAAGCCGAGAUUAAUUCCAUUCGUGGUUCGCAACACUUUCGUUUUCGCUCGUCUCUUCAAUAAGGCCGCCGGUGCCGCUUCACAACAGAUCGGCUCUCGUAUAUCGUGGAUCGUGGGCCGGAAUGGCCGCCGCAAAAGCGAUACCACGGGUAUCGCUCCUUUGCUUGCUGAUAGUGUGCUUGCCGGCGAUUUGGUGCUACGAUGAAGGAAACACAACCACAACUACUACACCGCAACCAGACAAUGGUGUCGUGAAAAAGGUGCAGGCGUUCGUUGCCAGCAUAAUGGACAAAAUACCUCCCGACGUGACGCGAAAAUUGUUGACGGCUGAAGUUUCGCCGACGUGCAGCAUCGGACUCCUCAAACUCGUCGGCGCAAUUCGAAGGGUGGAACCAUGGGCACUUAGACUCAUCGAUGCGAUGGGCAAAUACCCUACUGGACUAAUGCAAGCCACAAAAGCUGACCUUGGAGCAUUCGACGAGUGCGUGGAAACUGUCGUGCGCGACAGUUUUGGUCACGAGGUUACACGAGGGCAGUAUUGCAAUCUGGAUAUGCGCAUCAGUAAAGGUAGCACCUUUGUGGAAGCGACGUUAGCUGCAAUGGGAAUGGCCUUCCCGCAGCUUAACAGAUACAAGGAGCAUAUAACAGACUUACGUCUGCCACCAAUUCGCCUUGGAAUCUGCGUCACGAACGACUGUAACGAGGAGGAAUUGCAAGAACUCAUCAACAAAAUGAUACCACCUGCGUUUAAUCUGAAAUUGAGCAACUGCGUGACAAGUCUUCCAGUGCCACUAACCAAUGGGCAAAAAGCGAUAUUGAUAACUCUAGGAGUCCUUGUCGCAUUGUUGGCGAUUGGAACUGUCACCGAUGUUUGCGUGCGCUCACAACCCAAGAACAAAGCAGCAUACGAUAUUCUGCUGAGGUGUCUCAGGGCAUUUUCCCUCAUCUCGAAUACAAAAGUACUGCUACAAGUGGUCAAGGACAAAAGUUCCGACGCCUACACCCUUCGUUUCUUCCACGGAUUGAGGUUCUUCAGUUUAACGUGGAUUGUGCUCGGCCACUGUUACGGAAGCAUAUCUCCAACUUGGUCGCGACUGCUAAACAACUUGCUCAUGGCCCAGCGAACGCCAAGCUUAGUGGUUCCGGCGGCCUAUGUAGCUGUGGACACAUUCUUCUUCCUCAGUGCGUUCCUCCUGUGCUACACGAUAUCAAAACAAAAGAAACCUGCCAUCGUCGUGUUCAUAUUCGCGGUGAUCCGACGGUUUAUAAGGACCAUGGUGCCGGUAUUCUUCCUUCUCAUGUGCAUGUACUUGCUCCCGGUGAUUACGUCUGGACCAGACGCAAAGAGUUAUUUUGAGAAGUUCUACGACGAAAUGAACCGGCUUUGGUUGGACAUACUACUUCAGAUUCAAAACUACAGGAAAACUGCUUUCUCCAUACUGGUGCACCUGUGGUACCUUUCCGUCGACUUCCAGCUCUUCCUUAUAAGUCUCCCGAUAGCCAUCAUCUUGAAAAACCGACAACGCUGGGCGAUUGGCGUCUUCAUCUUGCUUUCUAUAGUAAGUUGCUCAAUCUCAGCAUGGCAGAUCAGCGGAACCCACAAUACGCCUUUCGUGAUUGCUAUCACGGAAACAAUGUCAAUACUGGAGGACACAUUGAACAACUACUACAUGUUCCCUUUCUACCACGGCGUAUGCUACUUUUCCGGCUGCAUUACAUUCUAUCUGCUGCAAGGCUUCAAGAAUGUCAAAUUGUCGAAGAUCGUAGAGGCACUCCUCUGGAUCGUCGCCCUCGUUGCUGGUGCUGGCUGCGUCUUUGACAAGCAACCCUGGUACAGGGAGCGACAUCCGACCUCCGAGGUUGGCAAGCUGUGCGUGGCAUUCUUCGACCGGAUACUGUGGUCGGUGUGCCUCAGCUGGAUUACGCUUGCGUGCGCUACGGGACGAGGAGGGUACAUCAACAAGUUCCUCUCCUGGAAUGCUUUUGUGCCACUGAGCAGACUCACGUUUGGAGUGUACCUGAUUCAUUAUCCCUUCAUUAUUUUGUUCCUGCACAUUUCCAGAGAACGGAUGUUGUUUUCGCAUUUCACUUUGGUGUCGCUGUCCUUUGCGGUCUUGCUUUGGAGCUACUGCCUCACGUAUCUGAUGUUCGUACUGUGCGAGGCUCCAACGGCGCAGCUGGACAAGCUCAUUUUCAUGGGCGCCGGAAGGAACGAGCGGCGGCAGAAAUUGCCCCUUCAGAACGGCGCUCAACUCGACAAAACGUGGGUCGUCCCGACAGAAAGCGCUGUAGAAAAAGGCCAAACACACGUCGACCUGGAGAGCGGCAACAACAACAACAACGUGAACGGCAUCGUUGGCCAGAGCGUUACGUACCAUCUUUAAGAACGGUUCGCGAAGUUACUUCAAAUUGCUGGUCGAGGAUUUUUCACGCGAGGCAGAUGUGCCCCUCGGGAAGCGAGGACGAAGGUUGUAGGUAUACGAUGCGCGGAAGUAGGCUUUGUGAUAGGUAAAGUAUUUGCGUCGUAAGUACUUAUUAGCUGAAGUUCAUUUUCUGCCUGACAGUCUCGGUGCUGAUCCCAUGUUGAAGGUGGCCAUAACAGAAAAGACCGGCAGCAUAUCGCACACAACUGUUACUUUAGUCUUUCCUCCGACCUUCAUACCGGUUGAGGUCAGGCACGUCACAACAGCAGUGCCAAAGCCCACAGAACGGCGAGCCACAACUGCGCCGGCGUCACACUUCGCUACGCAAUUGCGCAGAUGCGCUCACUCGGUACAACCUCUAGCUUUUGGAGUUUUGUACGUGUGUUCACGGCUAACACAAUCAUCAUAUUCACGCUUAUAGUCUGAUCACGUGCGCGCUGUGCACGACUGCGCAGUGAGCUUCAAAAAAAGCACACCGUCGCACGCGCAUACCGUGCCUUUGGCUGUUGUGCAGUUCGUCACGCUCGAGUAAGUGUCAAGGAGUCAAAAGUACCUGUUGUAGUUAAAGAAUAAUUAAAUUCGUGUGUUAUUAAAGAAAAACAUUGUUCUACAUCAUUGCACUAAUGGGCACUUUUCGACAUAAAAAAUAUUGCAUGCUUAGAAACAAUAUUCUCCAUAAUUUGAUAAUAAUGGUUUCUCUCUUCGAUACACGAAACAAGUUCAAUCCUUAGUACCAUGGCUGCAUCAUUUCUAUCAUUUUUUUUUUUUUCAUGCUGAAAAAGCAUUUCUUGCCGUUUCCAUACUGGCCGUUAUGUGAGGCUGUGAACGGUGUCACCGAAAUUAAAGCAACAAAAACCUUCUAGUCUUUGACUGUCCAUUGCAUGCAUUGAACAUAAUCUUCUCUUUAGGUUCGAUGACUCUCAUUUGUCCAAUAAACACUACUUUAAAUGAA